AUGACCACUCCGCCAGCCAGCCACCUCGUCUAUCUCACCUGCUUCGUCAACAUGAAAAGUGGUCACCACGCCAUCUACGUCGACACCGAGGAGCGAGUGGCGGGCCACUACUUCCACGUGGUCGGUUCUCUCCAACGAGGCAUGACGUUCGAGGCCAAAGAGGGACCCCAUCCUGUCCUCCGUGCAACCGCUUGA